AUGCAGCUACGCGUAAUACUUCUUCUUAAAAUUGCUGUAAGUUAUGUAUGGAGCCAGACUCUAUAUACUUGUUCAGCUAAUUCUUCAUGCGGAUGUUCUAAGAAUUCCGCUAUAUUAACACGCAUUGUCGGAGGUGAAUCAGCUACGGAUCAAACAUGGGGAUGGAUGGCAUCCCUUCGUUAUUCAUCUACUAAUUCACACUUCUGCGGUGGCUCAAUUAUAUCAAAAGAUCAUAUUCUGACAGCUGCUCACUGUGUAGUUUCGUUAUCAUCACCGUCUUCGAUUCGUGCAUACGUUGGAUCAGUGAAUCUUUAUAGUGGUGGGCAAAUAUGUGGUAUUUCGAACAUUUUCGUUCAUCCAGAUUAUUCUACUAGUACAUUUGUCAAUGAUAUCGCUAUUCUGAAAUUAUCGUCGUCACUGGAUCUUACCCAAAAUGCUCUUGAUAAAAUUUGUUUGCCAAACGUGUCAAUAGCAAUACUAGCUAGUCAAGAAUAUCCUGCACCGAAUACAAGUUUGGUUGCUAUUGGUUGGGGUUACUUAUCAGAAGGAUCUGGUUCCGUUUCUUCUACUCUUCAACAAGUCACAAUCCAGGCAGUUGCUGACAAUAGUACAUACUGUACAAGGCUAGGUAUAACCGAUGCAAAUACACAAUUCUGUGCAGGAGUCAUGCCUUUGGGUGGGAAAGAUACAUGUCAAGGCGAUAGUGGUGGUCCAUUGAUGAUGUUCACUUCAGCGAAUGUCUGGCAAAUAACCGGAAUCACAUCAAAUGGAAUUGGAUGCGCAGAAAAAAACCUGCCUGGUGUUUACACUCGUGUAGCAGCCUUUCAAACAUGGAUCAACGAUACUAUGAACGACUCCAAUCCAAUUUAUUCAUUUUCUAAUACAAUCUUUACGUUUGUUCUUGCAUUUUUUUUGUUACUUCCCUUCUAA